AUGAAACGAAACUUCGGACGCGUGCAGAGUAAUAAACCAGAUGCCAUAUUCGUCCAGGCUCAGUCUUCGCCCGGGCUUCAGCUAUAUCAGCCGAUCUCUUGCUAUUGUGCUUUUGUGCCUGGUCGCUGUUGGUCUUCACCAGCUCUGAAGAGGAAUAGUAUGAGUCUCUCCAAGGAAGAGUUUAACAAAAUGGCUGCACUUCAUAUUUCCAAUAAUUCCGUACAACAAGUACAAAAAGAAUCUGAAGAAAGGGCUUCUGAAGAAGUAGAAGAAAUGGAAACUACUGAAGACGUGGAGGCUCUUGAGAAAGAACUACUUAAUGAGAUUCAAGAAGAAAGCUUUCCAAGUACAUCUUCAAUAAACGACGACGAAGAAGCACUAGAAGCUCUCGAGGCCCUGGAAGAAACUCAUAAGAGCAUCUUGGCGGAAGUUCAAGAGGAGAUCAUACAGGAAGUAAGCCACGAAAUUCUUCGUGCUACAAAGCUUCUGAGUACUUAUACUCUGCAAGACCUAUCCAUUGGUGAAGAACUGGCGGUGAUACAAUCCGAGAUGCUUGAUGAAAUUGAAAAGAAUGAUGACGAAAUGUCCAUCGAUCAAAUAAAUGCCCUGAUUGCUGAUCGCAAGGAUGACGAUAUGUCCCGUUUGUGUAAAAUUAUGGUUGUCAGCAAAAUCGAUUCAGAUGAUGAUGACGACGACGAUGAUGAUUAUGACGAUGAUGAUGACAGCAGCGAUGACUCUGAAGCCUCUGAUCGCGCUACCGUCUAUGACGAACUUUUCCGUGCAACUUUUGAGAACGAGGCUCUGAAGGAAACAUAUUAUGUUGAAUAUGACACCGAAGAUUACGAUUCCGAUACUGAGAGUUCGGACAGCGAUGAUGAUGAAGAAGAAGAAGAAGAGGAAGUGGCAGAAGUGCCACGGGAAGAUGUUUUGGAGAUUGAAAACGAAGAACCUUACUUUGAGGAUAUCGGGAAUAACUCCCUGAACUACUAUGUUUUGACAAUUGGAGAACUCGAAGAUGAUGAUGAUGAUGAUGAAGGUUAUCUUCCCCAAGGGUGGGAGGUGAAUGUGCAUGAAAAUGGAACUCCCAUUUAUUGCCACGUCCCAUCCGGGGCCUGCACUUGCGCUAGGCCAUUGCCCAAUGACAUCUUGGAGAACAACUACGAGCUGGAGUAUGGUUACUACCAGGACAGCAGCGAAGAAGCUUAA